GUGUGUGUGUGUGUGUGUAGGUAAUCCAGAGGAGGAUGGAUGGCUCCAUAAACUUCUACAGACCCUGGGAUCAGUACAAGAGAGGCUUUGGAAACGCUGAAGGAGAAUACUGGCUGGGUCUGGACAACAUCCACAACUUGACUCGCAAGAAGAAGUACGAGCUCUACGUGGACAUGAUGGAUUUCACCGGACGCAAAGUGCACGCUCGCUACACCACCUUCUCUGUUGGUCCCGGCUGUGUGAAGUACACCCUGAAGGUGUCCGGAUUCACCGACGGAGGCGCCGGGGAUUCGCUGACGUACCACAACAAUCGCAAUUUCUCCACCUUUGACAAAGACAGCGACAGUGACAGCAAUAACUGUGCCAAGGACCUGCGGGCCGCAUUCUGGUACCGGGACUGCUACCAGACCAACCCCAACGGGAUCUACGCCUGGGGGCCGCAGCUGGACGGGGUGGUGUGGCACACAUGGAAGGGCUCUGACUACUCUCUGAAGGCCUUCAGCAUGAAGAUCCGCCGCGAAGCAGAAUAAAAUGUUCCUC